CCAUCUCAAUACGAGCCACUCACGUAGAAUCCACGAUCCCAACAAACUUCUGAUGCUCACUAUAACUGGAGUCAAAUUCAAUAGGUCAGAUUCUGUAUGAGUCAUUGUGAGUGUUUGUGCUUAGGUGCCGAGUUUCUAACCGCGUAGCGCUUACCACAGGGGGGCACGUUAAAGACAGUAGCACACUAUAUAUGCAGACAGCGACCGAACUCAGUAGGGUGAUACCAAUAUUUCCAGGGAUCUAUGAUGUCUUUCAAGUUCUUCAAAUUACCCGGGCGAGGGUCACAAGAGGCCGAUCCUCUCCUUGAAGCAGCAAUAGCUCCACCUAACGAGGACUACUUGAAGGUCGACGACAGCGACAGCGACAUAGAUAGCGAUGACGAUCAAGAGUUGAAAGAUGCACGUGCCGAGGGAUUGCGGCAGACAGGAGGCUGGUUUGGCUAUCUGAAAGACUUCAGAGUCUUCUUGCCCUACGUGAUACCUCGCAGGGAUCUAAAAGUCCAGCUCUGUCUACUUAUCUGUAUCAUCACUCUCGUUUUGGAACGGUUCAUGAAACUCGCGUUUCCGUACACUCUCGGGAUUAUUGCCGAUAAGGUCACCUCUGGAUCUACACCUGUUCGAGAGCUUUUGAUUUACUUCGCCCUCGAUAUCUUCCACGCUGAAUCUGGUCUUCUUUUUAUACAAGACCUCUCAAAAAUCCCUAUCAAACAAUUUUCAUACAAGAAGCUCACCAAUGCUGCUUUCAACCAUGUCAUGGCGCAAUCGGUCGACUUCCAUUCAACCCAAGACUCGGCCGAGGUCAUGAAAGCAGUGGAGCAAGGCGAAGCGUUGGGGGACGUGCUCGAGGCUGUGGUCAUCGACAUUGCCCCGACUCUGGUGGAUGUCAUCGUCAGCUGCGUCGUACUUUACAAGAAAUUCAGUCCCGCUGUGGCAAUCGUCUUGUUGGUUGCAUCUGUGGCUUAUCUGGGCGCGGAAAUCUCGUCAACACAGCUCACCACUGAUGACAGGAGGAACUUGACAAAAGCGGAGCGAAUCGAGACUCGCAAGAUGCACCAGGCUAUCCAAGGAUGGCAAACCGUCACAUACUUUAACCAAUUCCAACGCGAAGCUCGAACCCUUUCCAGCGCAGUUGCCAAUCACAUGAAAGCUAAGACACGCUUCGAGGCACGGCAAGCACUCAUCAAGGCUCUAGUGGAGCUUCUGGUACCCAUCACUUUCUUCGCAUUAGCAUAUCUCAUUCUACAACGCAUCGCUGCUGGGACGGCAUCCUCAGGAGAUUUUGUCUUCUUCUUGACGUAUUGGGACUCGAUCAUCUACCCACUGAAGUUCUUGACAAACCACGUCCGGUGGCUCGUCAGUGACUUCGUUGACGCUGAAAGACUUCUACUUCUGUUGAAAACAAAGCCAUCGAUCGUGGAAGCCACCAACGCAUACCCGCUUGCGGUACGCGACGGAGAAGUCCACUUCGAGAAUGUCUCCUUACAAUAUGAAGAAGGCCGCUAUGCCCUCCAUGACGUGUCCUUUACCGUCUCAUCAGGUCAAACUGUCGCACUGGUGGGAGAGACAGGCGCCGGCAAGUCUUCCAUCUUAAAGCUUCUAUUACGCCUGCACGAUAUCACAGCCGGGAGUAUCAGGAUCUCGAAACAAGAUAUCCGAGACGUCACACUCAGCUCCAUCCGUGAUUCUGUUAGUGUCGUACCUCAGACUCCAAUGUUCUUCAAUACCUCGAUCAUGGAGAACGUACGGUACGCACGCAGUACAGCAACCGACGAGGAUGUACACAAGGCAUGUCGUGCGGCUGCUAUGCACGAUACAAUCAUACGUUACCCGGAUGGCUACGAUACGCAAGUCGGAGAGCGUGGCGUGAAGCUAUCUGGCGGAGAGGCCCAACGACUUGCUAUUGCACGGGCGUUGUUGAAAGAUGCACCUAUCGUGUUGCUCGAUGAAGCCACCAGUGCGGUUGACACGGUCACGGAAGGGAAGAUCAAGGGCGCGCUAGAGAGAUUGAGGCAAGGAAGAAUUGUGAUUGUGAUAGCGCACAGGCUGAGUACUAUUGUGGACGCUGAUCAGAUCCUGGUGUUGCACAAUGGAAGAAUUGAAGAGAGAGGGGAUCACGCACAGCUGUGCGAAAAAAAGGGGAGGUACUGGAAGCUCUGGGAGCAGUCUUGAAUAACUAGAAGUACU